AGCGAACAUUUGUACUAGGCUGUGUAUCAACUCACAGUGUGUAUCAAUACUUGCAGACGGGCGUACAUUCUUAUCGCUUGUAUUUUUAUUUUAAUAAACUUUUAUCAAGAUGUACUGUAUCAUAGCGACGAUAGUAGCAUUAUUGUAUAUUUUCUGGGACGUCAAUUACUUUCUAAGAGUCGCUUUCACAAUAGGCAUUGGAAGAUUAUUCCAAAAGAAGACCGGAAUAAAUGAAACAUCAACUAUUUACGGUUUUUGCACGACCCAAGAUGUGGAUAUAUUUUUACGGCAUAUGAACAAUGCUCGUUACGUUCGUGAACUCGAUUUCGCCAGAUUUCAUUUCUAUGACAGAACAGGCAUAUACGAUAACAUUAAGGCUGUUGAUGGUCAUGCACUGCAAGGUGCAUCGAGCAUUCGUUAUAGAAGAACCAUACCCAUUUUUGGGGCAUACAAAGUAGAAACAAAGUUGGUAUACUGGGAAGACAAGACCUUGUUCAUAGAACAGAAAUUCAUAACAUUGAGCGAUGGUUUCGUGAGGGCUAUUGUGUUAUCGAGGCAGAAUCUUAUUAACAUUGAUUCAGAAACACUUUUGAAAAAUAUACCAGGCGCCGACGUAAAGCCCGAAUGUCCAGAAGAAAUCAAACAUUGGCUUGAAGCUAUUGAGAUCUCAAGUGCCAGACUCAGAAAGAAGGAUUAAAAUUUUAAGUAAAAUAAAAUGUUCAUAACAAUCUAAUAUAUUAUUUUC